AUGGCGCCAUCCAAACCCUGCCUCAACGUCCCCCUUUCCUCCGCCUCAAACCCCAGAUCAGGUUCAACUCCACCUCGGCCUCCCAUCCCCUUUCAGCCUCCGAACCCCUCAACUUCUCCUCGACCUCCAUCUUUGCCCACGCUGACCUCCACAUCAGCCUCCCCCAGGCUCUCGGUUUUCCUUAGGCACCAGCACCAAGUGAAGCUUCAUCGCUAG